AUUAAAACCAUGAUCAGAUAUGAUCUUAUAGAAGCAAAUAUAUAUUCAUAAUUCAUUGAGCUUUAAUAGGAAUAUUUAGGUAGGAUAAUUUCACCUAAAAUAUUCAUUGCAUAUUCUCUCAUUUUAUUUGUAAGUACUUUUUUCUACUGCAACAUUUUAUUAUAAACUUUGUUAUAAACGAACAAAAUAUGUCAUACCAUCUGGAUAUUCUGGGACCUUAUAAUAUAUUAUGUGAUUAUGAAUGGACAUAAUUGUAAUAAAGGAAGGAAUAGAGAUAUUUGACAACCCGAAAGUUAUAAACCUGAGGCGUGAAAUUUCAUACAGAAGUAGAAAGUAAUUUGGGCAGCGACAGACGCAACGACGAAUAUGCAAGUCCACUAUGUGUUCUUAUUUUUGGCUUUAUACAUUUGCGUUAAAUAUGCCGACAGCGCAUGUGUAAAUGGUAACUGGGGAACUGACUGUAAGGAAGUGUGUGAGGUAAAUUGCUUUUCGUGUGAUGAGGUAACUGGAGUAUGUGGUUCUUGUAGGAACGGCUUUUGGGGUGACUACUGUAAUAAAAAUUGUCCAGAAAACUGUAAGUCUUCCUAUUGCCGCAAAUAUGACGGAAGUUGUUACUCUUGUUCUGAUGGUUGGUAUGGAACAACGUGCAAUAAUUCGUGUAAUAUAAAUUGCAAGAACUGUCAUAAAACGACUGGCGCAUGCACAAUAUGUCAUGUUGGAAGGUGGGGGGAAUUCUGUGACUUCACAUGCGCUCAAAACUGCAAAAUAUGUGACAAAUUACUAGGUGGGUGUGAAGCAUGUAAAAACGGAUACUGGAAUAUUUCAUGUGACGAAAGAUGUUCUGCGUCGAAUUGUGAUAUUUGUAGUAUCACAUCAGGAGAAUGUCAGACGUGUAAAUCCGAAUUUUGGGGAGAAAACUGUCAGAAAACUUGCGGAAAGUGUAAUUCAGAUAAGUGCAGUAAAAUUGAUGGACGAUGCACAUCAUGUCAAAAUGGAUUUUGGGGCGAAUUUUGUCAGAAUACUUGCGGUCAAGGUUGUUCAAUUUCAACGUGCAGAGAAAAUGAUGGGUUUUGCAGUACUUGCAAAAGCGGUUAUUGGGGAGAUAAUUGUAACAAAACCUGCAUGUACAACUGUUCCUCGUUAAGCUGUAGUAGAUCAAACGGACAAUGUAGUACUUGCAGCUCCGGACUCUGGGGUUUAUCAUGUAAUGAAACAUGUAGCCAUGGUUGUCGGAACUUAAUGUGUAAUAGGAACGAUGGGGAGUGCAGCAGUUGCAAAAAUGGAUUUUGGGGCGAAUUUUGUCAGAAAACUUGCGGUCAAGGUUGUUUAAUUCUAACGUGUAGAAAAAAUGAUGGAUAUUGCAGUACUUGCAAAAGCGGUUAUUGGGGAGAUAAUUGUAACAAAACCUGCAUGUACAACUGUUCCGCGUCAAGCUGUAGUAGAUCAAACGGACAAUGUAGUACUUGCAGCUCUGGACUUUGGGGUGUAUUAUGUAAUGAAACAUGUAGCCAUGGUUGUUUGAACUUAAGGUGUAAUAGAAACGAUGGAGUGUGCAGCAUUUGCAACUCUGGAUUUUGGGGUUUAUCAUGUAAUGAAACCUGUAGUCAUGGCUGUUCGUCCUUAGGGUGUAAUAAGAACAAUGGAGUAUGUAUCAGAUGCGAGAAUGGAUUUUGGGGCGAAUUUUGUCAGAAUACUUGCGGUCAAGGUUGUUCAUAUUUAAUGUGUAGAAAAAGUGAUGGAUAUUGCAGUACUUGCAAAAGCAGAUAUUGGGGAGACAUUUGUAACAAAACCUGCAUGUACAACUGUUCCGCGUCAAGCUGUAGUAGAUCAAACGGACAAUGUAGUACUUGCAGCUCUGGACUUUGGGGUGUAUUAUGUAAUGAAACAUGUAGCCAUGGUUGUUUGAACUUAAGGUGUAAUAGAAACGAUGGAGUGUGCAGCAUUUGCAACUCUGGAUUUUGGGGUUUAUCAUGUAAUGAAACCUGUAGUCAUGGCUGUUCGUCCUUAGGGUGUAAUAAGAACAAUGGAGUAUGUAUCAGAUGCGAGAAUGGAUUUUGGGGCGAAUUUUGUCAGAAUACUUGCGGUCAAGGUUGUUCAAUUUUAACGUGUGGAAAAAAUGAUGGGUAUUGCAGUCUUUGCAAAAGCGGUUAUUGGGGAGACAAUUGUAACAAAACCUGCAUGUACAACUGUUCCGCGUCAAGCUGUAGUAGAUCAAACGGACAAUGUAGUACUUGCAGCUCUGGACUUUGGGGUGUAUUAUGUAAUGAAACAUGUAGCCAUGGUUGUUUGAACUUAAGGUGUAAUAGAAACGAUGGAGUGUGCAGCAGUUGCAAAAAUGGAUUUUGGGGCGAAUUUUGUCAGAAAACUUGCGGUCAAGGUUGUUCAAUUCUAACGUGUAGAAAAAAUGAUGGAUAUUGCAGUACUUGCAAAAGCGGUUAUUGGGGAGAUAAUUGUAACAAAACCUGCAUAUACAACUGUUCCUCUUCAGGCUGUAUUAGAUCAAACGGACAAUGUAGUUCUUGCAACUCUGGACUUUGGGGUUUAUCAUGUAAUGAAACCUGUAGUCAUGGCUGUUCGUCCUUAGGCUGUAUUAAGAACAAUGGAGUAUGUGUCGGAUGCGAGAAUGGAUUUUGGGGCGAAUUUUGUAACAAAACAUGCAGUCAAAAUUGUUCAAGCUGUAAUAAAGAAACUGGUUUAUGCAUUGCAUGCAAUCUUGGAUUGUGGGGAUCAUCAUGCGGAAAAGAAUGUAAUCAGUCGUGCACCUCUUCUGAAUGUAAUAUUGACUCCGGCGAAUGUAAGAAAUGUAAGUUAAAUAGAUGGGGAAAGUUUUGUGAAAGUCUAUGCAGCUCAUCUUGUUCCUGGGGUUGUCACAGACAAACUGGUCAUUGCUUAAUUUGUGGAAACAGAUAUUGGGGUCAGGACUGUUCAUACAUGUGCAACAACUCAAGAUGCGAACAAUGCUCUAUAACAAAUGGGUUAUGUACAUUGUGUCAAUCUGGAUUUUGGGGUGAAGACUGUCAGUCUACAUGUAAGUCUGAUCAAUGUCUUCAAUGCUACAGAGACACUGGUUAUUGUAGUGCAUGUCCGCAAGGUCGAUGGGGAUUACUUUGUCAAAACAUAUGCAGGGAUGAGUGUCUUUGUUGCAGUAUCAGUACUGGAUCUUGCACAUUGCCAUGUCCUGAAGUUUCAGACGCUGGCAAAUUAGCACAAGAUGAAAUUCAAUCUGUCGGUAUAAUUGUCGUUAUGAUCAUCUGCAUUGCUAUCACUGUCGUUGCGUUUGGAUUAAAUGGUGUUAUAAGAUACAUAUUAAAACGAAGGAAAUCUAGAAAGAAUCAUGACAGAGCAAAAGGUUCAAAGGCUUCAACAGAAAUGGCCAACUAUCCAUCCACAUCGACAAUAACCCGAGAUCCAAUGUAUAGCAAUAUUACUGAAUCUAAUAUAAGUGAGCUACCAUCCACUGAAUCAAGCCUUAGUGAACUACCAUCAGAUCAUGUCUAUGAAAGAUUAAGGCAUUGAAGGGUUUGUUGUUGUUUUUGUUGGGGUUCUUUUCUGUUGUUGUCGUUGUGUUCUGCUCCCACACAGAGCAAAAAUAUUAACUCGGUAACGGCACCAUGUAUGGGUGUCUAAUGGUUUUGUUAGUAAAGUGUAUGAACUGUAACCUCCUUUCAUUUUUCAAAGGAAAUUCAUUUGGGUCAAAAGGCCUAAAAUAUAAACUUUGAAAUUUUCACAUGUAUCAAUUGAAGCUUUGAAAUUUUCGCAUGUACGAGUAUCAGUUGAAACACUAAAAUAGAAGGUUCUGAAAGGGAUAAUUAAACAUAUACUGAUUAUAUAAUUUGCACUUUUCAAUUUGAACAACAUGUGCUUCUUUUAGACAAAAAAGUUUUAAAAAGGAUUUAUUUAAUCUCAGCGUUUUUAUCAUUUCUUUUCUUUUGCAUUGUAUGUACAUGUACUACCCUUCUAACAAUAUGGCACCAUUCAAGUUAACUUUUUCAUCUAACAAAUAGGACUGUUCAGAUUUACUCCUUUAUUUAAUACUUGUACUUGAUAUACUUUAAGCUAACAGGAUUGGUGCAAACAAUCGGUUUAACAUAUUUAUUUGAUUUGCAUGUAUUCUGGUUUUUUAAAGUUCAAACUUACACAUUCUGGAUUAAACUCUAAUUCAACUGUGCUAGAUAAUGACCAGCUGUAUUGCGGCGGGGUAUAUAGCUGUCCUUUGGACUGCCUUGUUUGAAUUGUAUUUAGUUGGAUGUGUGUGGCUUAUUUAUUUAAUCUUAUUAUCUUAUGUAAUUUUUUUUUCAUUGCUGAUUUUUCUGAUUUUUUUU